AUGAACUUUGGACGUUCUCUCCUGUCUCUUCGAAAGUCUUUUUUUUCUCCGCGACUCCUUAAGGCAACUAAUUACUGUAAUCCUCGUAAUAACAACAAGUCUUUGCUUGUUCAUGUAUCACCAAUACAGUAUUUCCAUGUGUCAAUCUGUAACCACCAAGAGGAAAUCAGCACACCUCCUCCACCAGAAGGCUUCAUGCCGGGUGUUGCUAACUCAAAGCUGAUAAAGCACACUCACGAAGAGGCUAUAAAGAAUCCCGAGUUAGUAAAAGCUGGCAUGUCUCUGGGUGAAACGAAAAAGAUGAAUUUAUUUCAAUCGGUUAAUGAUGCCAUGAGCAUUGCAUUGACUACUGACGACAAAGCAAUAAUAUUUGGAGAGGAUGUCGCGUUUGGUGGAGUAUUUCGAUGUACACUGGGCUUAGUUGAAAUGUUUGGACAAGACCGAGUAUUUAACACGCCGUUGACAGAGCAAGGUAUUGUCGGCUUCGGUAUAGGCGUCGCCUCAGUGGGACAUACCGCUAUAGCUGAAAUACAAUUCGCAGAUUAUAUCUUUCCUGCAUUUGACCAACUUGUUAACGAAGCAGCUAAAUACAGGUAUCGCUCAGGCGGGGAAUUUAAUGCCGGCGGAUUGACAGUCAGAGCACCUUGUUCGGCCGUCGGUCAUGGUGCACAUUAUCAUUCACAGUCGCCUGAAGCUUUCUUUGCUCAUUCUCCGGGUCUGAAGGUUGUCAUACCUCGAAGUCCGAUUCAAGCAAAAGGGCUCUUAUUAGCCUCGAUUCGAGAUUGUAAUCCUGUUAUUUUCUUUGAACCAAAAAUUUUAUAUCGUGCAGCAGUCGAGCGGGUACCAAUCGGUGAUUACGAGCUCCCAAUAGGAAAAGCCGAAAUUCUCAAACCGGGAAAAGAUGUCACAGUAGUUGGCUACGGGUCACAAAUCUACAUUCUCGAAAAUGCGAUUCAAAUGGCCGAGAAAAAAAUUCCUGGACUAUCCUGUGAACUUAUCGAUUUGAGGACCAUAUUACCGUGGGAUGAAGAUCUGGUGGCGAAAUCCGUGAAUAAGACCGGCCGACUCGUUAUUGCACAUGAAGCACCGAAAACGUCGGGGUUUGGUGCUGAAAUUGCAGCUACUAUCAUGGAAAAAUGUUUUCUUCGGUUGGAGUCGCCUAUACAGAGAGUUUGUGGUUGGGACACACCAUUUCCAUUAGUCUUUGAACCAUUUUAUACACCUGAUAUGAUACGAUGUUACGACGCGAUACUUAAAGUAGUCAAGUAUUAG